UGUUGACUGGGAAGCCCCUAGCACGGAGCUGCCAACGCCCGGCGUACAGACACAAACAGAGGAGACGAUCUUGAAUGAGAAGCGAAAAUUGUAAAACGCAGCUAUGCAGACCAUCAAGUGUGUUGUAGUUGGGGACGGUGCAGUGGGUAAAACAUGCCUGCUCAUCUCUUACACCACAAACAAGUUUCCCUCUGAAUAUGUACCUACGGUCUUUGAUAACUAUGCUGUUACUGUUAUGAUCGGAGGCGAGCCCUACACUUUGGGCUUGUUUGAUACAGCAGGUCAGGAAGACUACGACAGGUUACGACCUCUGAGUUAUCCCCAGACAGAUGUCUUCCUCGUCUGUUUCUCUGUCGUGUCUCCCUCCUCGUUUGAAAACGUUAAAGAAAAGUGGGUUCCAGAGAUCACCCAUCACUGUCCAAAGACCCCCUUCCUCCUAGUUGGGACGCAGAUUGACUUGCGGGAUGACCCCUCAACUAUAGAGAAGCUGGCCAAGAACAAGCAGAAGCCCAUCACCCCGGAGACAGCCGAGAAGCUGGCGAGAGACCUCAAGGCUGUGAAAUAUGUGGAGUGCUCAGCCCUCACACAGCGAGGGCUGAAGAAUGUAUUUGACGAAGCUAUCCUAGCUGCCCUUGAGCCACCUGAGACGCAGGGAAAAGGGAAAUGCUGUAUAUUUUAAGCUCUCUGUGCCACUUCUCUCCUAACUGCUCUUAUUCUCUCAUUCCUUACUCCCUCUCUCUACUUUAUUCUCCUCUCCUCACUCUAUAUCUUUACAUGUCCUGCUUUUUUAACCUAUUCCCAAUCUCAGACAUAUAACCAGUCCAUCAUACUGAUGUUAGUCUUAUCCCCCGCCACUAACUACUACUGCAACUAAUCUGUGUAUUGGCCUCAUUCACUCUACUGCCUUUUUACACUUCAGUGACUUUUUGCCUAGCAUCCAACUGCUGACAUUUGGUUUAUUACUGGACUUAUUUCUGUCCACUUAGUUUUAAAUUGUAAGUCUUCUAGCAUUUUUAGUUUUCCUAUUUCGGCCCGGUGCUUCAUUCAUGUGGCCACUGGCCAGCAGUCGAACUGAAUCUUGCAGAGGAUGCAGGAUGUAAUUUGGGAUGUAGCCAUUGUUUUAGUUUCUCUCCCUUCUGUCCUGGAGUAGUAGUGAAUGUGGGGGGUGGGUUCAGACCAGGGCGAGGGAAAGUGGCUUCAAAUAGAAAAUUAUCUAUACACUAAAUAGAGCUUCCAUUUCUAAUGCUAAUGUAUUUUUUGUACUACUGUUGAUCAAUCAAUCAAUCAAAUUUUAUUUGUAUAGCCCAUAUUCACAAAUCUUAAUUUGUCUCAUAGGGCUUGAAGUUAUGUGGUGAUAAACACAGCGUAAGUGUAUGAAUAUGGUUACAUAUACAGUGCACUCAUAUAUACAGAAAAUAUUCAGACCAAUCAAUGUUUCAGCUUUUGAUCAGAAAAAUGUUAAUAUCCCCAGAUUAAUUUAUAUAUAUAUUCAAAUUGUUUAAAAAGGAAAAGCUGAAAUAUCACACUUAUGGUAGCAUUCAGAUGUUUUGCUAUAACAAAGUUUAAGUUAGACACCUAUUUCUUUAGAGGGUUUUACAUCUUGAAAAUAAAUGAAAUAAUAAUUUAUAUAAAUGAUUGACAAAUGCUUUUGAAAAACACUCACACGGUCUCACAGCUGAUGAAGUAUAUCAGAGCAACCAUGAGGUGGAAGAAGCUACUACCUCCAGAGCUCAGUGACAGGAUUGUGUCGGGGCACAGAUCUGGGUUAAAAUACAAAAACACUUUUUGCUGCAUUAAAGGUUAUUUUUCUAAGAGCCUCAGUGUCCUCCAUCCACUCUUUAAUUGAAGAAGUUUGGUUUAACCAGGAUUUAGACAAAUUUAGAGAUUGAGGGAUAAUAGUCUUGGUAAUAGAUGAGGCCAAUAACCUGAUGGGAAAAGAGAAACAUACCGAAGAACAAGCUUCACUGUUGUACUCUUAUCAAUCUUGGCUUCAUAGCAGAGUGGUCACACCAUACUCCAUACUGAGAGACACAUGAAAGAGCUCAAAGGACAGAGAAUGGAGGGAUCAUUCCCAUUUCAAUACCAACCUAACGGUAGAGCAGCAUCAGAUUGUGUAGUAGUUGUUGGUGGUUUUAAGGGAAGACUGAACAAAGGGCAACAAUAUCCUUAAAGUAAACAUGGUCCAGAGACUGAGCUUGAAAGUCCAUCUGCCAAUCAGCGAAUUGGAUUUAUAUCCCAAUCAACAUCUUUGAAAACAAUACUAGAGGAGACUUGAGCCUGUAAUGGCUGCAUAAAGUUCUUCAAUGAAACACUGAGUUAAGGGGUCUAAAUAUGUCAGUGUGAUAUUUGAUCUUUUCUUUUUUGAAAAUGUUUAACACUCGAAGCAUAAGGCUGCAACAUAAAAAUGUGAAAAGGGUUUCUAAAUACUUUGUGAAUGCACUGCAGGACUGUUAAAUGCUAAUGCCAGAGUGUGUUGGGCCAUUUCUUUAUUGUAACCACUAGAUGACAUCUUAUACUUUUUGGUACUAAAUACUAUUGAUUUGGUUCAUUUUUGUGCUCCACUUCAAGUUUCUUUUAAGAUUUAAUAUUGUAAAUAUAAUGGUUUGAAUUAUUUGGCCCAAUGCUCUCUAUAUAUGACAUCAAAGUGCCAUCAACAGUGGUGCAUAUCCUGCUGUGUUGGAAGUCCAGAUAAUAUAAAAGCUAUGAUUGUGUGAAAUACCUGUAUAACAAAUUAAUAAAGGACAGAUGAACUUGCUCUCUUCUCUCUGGCUCCCUUCUUGUUCCAGUGCUUUGUCAGAGAAGAAUUUAACAGCGAGUUGAGCCAGGCUGAGGGGCUUACUGGUUUAUUGCAUAGUGCAGCAUUGUGUCGGAGCAGCUGUGGUUACUUCACAUGACUGAGCUCAUGGUGUAAGCCGCUCUGCUCAGGGGCAAAAAGAGAAAAAAAAUUCACGGUUAAGUUUUUUUACUUGUAUACUUCUGUUGAGUCUGGAUGUGUUCCUGCAGGGUAUUAUUCAUCAGUAU